AUGGCAGGUUCCAACCUCACUGACAUAACACCAACCACAUUCAUUCUGAAUGGCAUCCCAGGCCUGGAGGAAGCUCACCUUUGGAUCUCUAUCCCAUUCUGCUCCAUGUACCUCAUUGCCAUGGUAGAGAACUGUGGCCUUCUCUACCUCGUGUGGAUUGAGGAGGCUCUGCACAGUCCCAUGUACUACUUGCUGUGCAUGCUCACACUCACUGACAUCGCAGCCAGCACGUCUAUGAUGCCCAAGGCAAUGUGCAUCUUCUGGUUCAAGCUCAAAGAGAUUGGCUUCAAUGCCUGCCUGGCCCAGAUGUUCUUCAUCUACACAUUCACAGGGAUGGAGUCUGGUGUGCUCAUGCUCAUGGCCUUGGACAGAUACGUGGCCAUCUGUUACCCGCUGAGAUAUCCCACCAUCCUGACCAAUCCUAUUAUUACUGCAGCAGGGGUGGUCACCUUCCUCAGAUCAGCAAUGGUGGUCAUGCCAGUUGUCUUCUUGGCCAGGAGACUGCCAUACUGCCGCACUAAUGUCAUCCCUCACACCUACUGUGAUCACAUGUCUUUGGUGAAGCUGGCCUGUGCCAGUAUCAAGACAGACACUGUCUAUGGCCUAGUUGUCACCCUGGUGAUUGGGGGCUUAGACAUUCUCUGCAUCUCAGUCUCCUACAUCAUGAUCCUCAGGGCUGUGGUGGGCCUGUCCUCCAAGGAAGCACGCAGCAAGGCCUUCAGCACCUGCACAGCCCACAUCUGUACUAUCAUCACCACCUACACACCGGCCUUAAUCGCCAUCAUUACACCCCGCAUUGGGGGCCACAGCAUUGCACCACAUGUUCAGGUCCUUAUGGCCAAUGUCUAUCUGCUCCUGCCUGCCAUUCUCAACCCCAUAAUUUAUGGGUUAAAGACCAAACAGAUCCGGGAAAGCUUCUUCAAGAUAUUUAAAAGGGGAAAGGCUGGUUCAUGUCAUGGCACCUGA